UCCAGCUAGCAGGGAGUGCUGCUUUGUAUGGAAAUAACAUAAAGGACAAGGGAUGUGGCUCCUUUAAGAGAGGCUCAGUAGCAGAAAGAAAAAAAGGUCGGGAGAAUCACAAGCUACAGGCGACAAAGGGCAACAAUCUGACUUUAGGGAGGGGACACAAUGCCCCCAACCCUCCUGUCACUCCAUCACCAGUCCUGACAAAUUCUUGCAGGGGAGGGCUAUUUCCAGACUGGGAUCCUGAGAAGAGUACACACAGCUUAGUCUGGUUCUUCUGUGAUGACUCAAGGUGGCUUCCAAGCAAAGAAAACCCAUCCAAGCCAAGAGUGUCCCCUGCCCAUCACCUCAGCUCUGAUGCUGGCAAAAGAAAUAGGCACCUCCUGAGCUGCCAUGGGGCCAACCCAGCACCCUGCUUCCUGCACCUUCCUCUCUAUGUUCCCUAGGUAGAGAGCAAUGCCCCUGUGCUGCUGACCCUGCAAGGACACUGUGUCCCCAACCAUCCUCCUGUGUGUACGCGUAAACCAGCCCCAGCACCAUCAUGUCCUUGGCAUUCUGUGGCACUGAGAAUAAUUCUUAUGCAUACAACGUGGACAAAGGAGUUCUUAACAACGGCUGCUUUGUGGAUGCUCUCAAUGUUGUGCCGCAUGUGUUCCUUUUAUUUAUAACCUUCCCUAUAUUAUUUAUAGGAUGGGGAAGUCAGAGUUCCAAAGUUCAUAUUCAUCAUAGCACAUGGCUUCAUUUCCCUGGGCAUAACCUGCGCUGGAUUUUGACUUUCAUCCUCCUUUUUGUGUUAGUGUGUGAAAUCGCAGAGGGUAUAGUGUCAGAUGGAUUUUCUAAGUCUCGUCAUUUACACCUCUACAUGCCAGCUGUGAUGGCAUUCCUCGCGGCUAUAACAUCCAUUGUCUACUACCACAACAUUGAGACGUCAAAUUUUCCAAAGUUAUUAAUAGCCUUGCUAGUUUAUUGGACGUUGGCCUUCAUAACAAAAACCAUCAAAUUUGUCAAGUUUUGUGACAAUGGAGUGGGCUUUUUAGAGCUGCGUGUCUGUCUAACCGGACUCCUAGCGAUUUUAUAUGGCAUGUUGCUGGCUGUGGAAAUAAAUGUCAUCAGAGUAAGAAGGUAUGUUUUCUACAAAAAUUCAAAAGAGGUAAAACCUCCAGAAGAUCUUCAAGACCUUGGUGUUCGUUUCCUACAACCUUUUGUCAACCUUCUGUCUAAAGGAACCUACUGGUGGAUGAACACGUUUAUUAAGACAGCUCACAAAAAGCCAAUUGACUUGAAAGCAAUAGGAAAGCUCCCCAUUGCAAUGAGGGCAGUGACUAAUUAUAUCCUCCUUAAUGAGGCAUUUGCAGCUCAAAGGAGCAAGACCUCCCCAUGCCCCACGGGAUCUAGGGCUAUCUGGUGUGCCCUGGGCCAUGCAUUUGGAAAGCCUCUCAUUCUUAGCAGUGUCUUCCGGAUCUUGGCAGACAUCCUCGGGUUUGCUGGACCGCUCUGCAUUUCUGGGAUUGUUCACCACCUCAGCAAAGAGAAUAAAACCUUCCAUCCUGAGACAAAGUUUUUUGGGGUUUAUUUCAUUUCAUCAAAAGAAUUCCUGGCCAAUGCCUACGUCUUAGCUGUGCUUCUAUUUUUUGCCCUCCUCUUGCAAAGGACAUUUCUGCAAGCGUCAUACUAUGUUGCCAUUGAAACUGGAAUUAACUUGCGUGGAGCCAUACAGACCAAAAUAUACAAUAAAAUUAUGCAUCUUUCAACCUCCAAUAUGUCUAUGGGAGAAAUGACUUCAGGACAGAUUUGCAAUAUAGUUGCAAUAGAUACAAAUCAGCUGAUGUGGUUUUUCUUCCUCUGUCCUAAUCUUUGGGCCAUGCCAGUGCAGAUCAUCGUUGGAGUCAUUCUGCUAUACUACAUACUUGGAAUUAGUGCCUUCAUUGGAGCGGUGGUUAUUAUUGUCCUUGCACCUGUUCAGUAUUUCGUAGCGACAAAACUAUCACAAGCGCAGAGGAGUACACUAGAAUAUUCUAAUGAGCGUCUAAAGAAGACCAAUGAAAUGCUUCGUGGUAUUAAACUGCUUAAACUGUAUUCUUGGGAAAACAUAUUCCAUAGCAGCGUUGAGGAAACCAGGCAGAAAGAAAUGAGCAGUCUGAAAGCGUUUGCUUUGUACACUUCCAUAUCAAUUUUUAUGAAUGCGGCCAUACCUAUAGCAGCAGUGCUGAUAACAUUUGUGGUCCAUGUGCACUUGCUUAAAUAUGAGGACUUCACUCCAGCGGUGGCCUUUGCUUCACUCUCUCUCUUCCAUAUCCUUGUAACGCCACUAUUCCUGUUGUCCAGCGUGGUCCGAUCCACAGUCAAAGCUUUAGUAAGUGUUCAGAAGCUCAGCGAAUUUUUCUCCAGUGAAGAAAUUGGAGAGGAAGCUGACAAAUUCAUACCAUCCCUUAAAACAGAAGCCCAGAACAAGUAUCAAGCAGUACCCCUCAAAGUUGUUAACCGUAAGAGACCUGUCAGAGAAGACUGGAACAAUUUCAACAGUCAGCACAGAAGAACAACUAACACCACUGAAGGAAAUGAUUUUUGUAUAAAGAUCACUAAUGGAUUUUUCACAUGGACACCGGAUGGGUCACCAACAUUGUCAAAUAUCGACAUCAGAAUUCCACAAGGUCAGCUUACAAUGAUUGUCGGCCAAGUUGGCUGUGGGAAGUCCUCGCUAUUAUUGGCCACACUUGGUGAGAUGCAGAAGAUUUCUGGGGAUGUGUACUGGAACAGCAGUGUACCUGAUAGUGAGACGGGGGAGGAUGUGAGCCCGGAAAAGGAAACUGCAGUUGACUUUGAGACAAGGAAGAGGGGUACAGUGGCCUAUGCAUCCCAAAAGCCAUGGCUUCUGAACGCCACAGUAGAAGAGAACAUUACAUUUGAAAGUGCCUUUAACAAGCAAAAAUACAAAGCAAUAAUAGACGCCUGCUCUCUACAGCCUGAUAUUGAUAUUCUUCCUCACGGUGAUCAAACUCAGAUUGGAGAAAGGGGCAUCAAUCUCUCCGGUGGUCAACGUCAGAGAAUAAGUGUUGCAAGAGCGCUCUAUCAGCAGACCAAUGUUGUAUUUCUGGAUGAUCCAUUCUCUGCGCUGGACAUUCAUCUGAGCGAUCAUCUUAUGCAGGAAGGAAUUCUUAAGAUGCUGAGAGACAACAAAAGGACCACUGUGUUAGUCACACACAAACUGCAAUACCUUCCUCAUGCUGACUGGAUUAUUGCAAUGAAAGAUGGCACGAUACAACGAGAGGGAACCCUAAAGGACAUCCAGACAUCAGACCCAGAACUGUAUGAACAUUGGAAGACGCUAAUGAACCGUCAGGAUCAAGAAUUAGAAAAAGAAAUUUGUAUAGAGAGGAAGAAUGCAGUGGAAAGAAAGAAUAUAAAAAGAACCAUGUAUUCCCGUGAAGCCUUGUUGGGUGAUGAUGAAGAAGAUGAAGUAGAGGAGAUAUCUGAAAGUGAUGAUGAUGAUAAUCUAUCAUCUCUAAUGCAUCAAAGAGCCAAAAUGCCAUGGAGGGCGUGUGGCAAAUACUUAAGCUCUGCAGGGAUUCUUCUGCUGCCGUUAAUGGUCUUUUCUCAACUUAUAAAACAUUCUGUCAUGGUGGCUACUGACGUCUGGUUGGCAAAGUGGACAUCAGAUGCCAUUUCUAGUGCAGUGGCUGCCAACUGCUCUGGAAAACAGGACUGCCAGUUUGAUCAUUCUCCAUAUUCUAUGGUAUUCAGCAUUCUUUCCUGCUUCGGGAUUAUUAUGUGUCUUGCUACCUCUAUAGCCGUGGAGUGGACGGGUCUAAGAGUUGCCAAGACUCUGCAUAACAGUCUUUUGAAUGCAGUCAUACUAGCGCCAAUGAGGUUUUUUGAAACAACGCCUCUUGGCAGUAUACUAAACAGGUUUUCAGCUGAUUUUAAUACAAUUGAUCAGCACAUCCCUGCAACGCUGGAGUGUCUCAGUCGUUCUACAUUGCUAUGUGUCUCUGCAUUGGCUGUGAUCUCAUAUGUGACACCAGCAUUUCUCAUCUCCUUGGUACCUCUCACUAUUGUAUGUUAUUUCAUCCAGAAGCACUUCAGAGUGGCAUCCAGGGACCUGCAGCAGCUGGAAGACAGUACACAACUCCCACUUCUGUCCCAUUUUUCAGAAACCGUAGAAGGACUGACUACAAUACGAGCUUUCAGGUACGAAUCCAGGUUCAGGCAAAAACUUCUCGAGCAUACAGAUUCCAACAAUAUAGCCUCUCUGUUCCUUACAGCUGCCAAUCGGUGGUUGGAAGUGCGAAUGGAGUAUAUCGGCGCUUGUGUAGUGCUAGUUGCUGCUGUCGCUUCCAUAGCAAACUCUUUGCAAAAUGAUCUUUCAUCUGGACUUGUUGGACUGGGACUCACAUAUGGACUGAUGGUAUCCAACUACUUGAACUGGAUGGUCCGUAAUCUUUCAGAUAUGGAAAUUCAGCUGGGAUCUGUGAAAAGGAUUAAUGGUCUCCUGAAGACAGAAUCAGAAAAUUACAAAGGGCUUUUGUCGCCUUCGCAGAUUCCACAAAACUGGCCUGAGAAUGGAGAGAUCCAAAUACAGAAUCUAAGUGUUCGAUAUGACAGCUCCCUAAAGCCAGUCCUGAAGCACGUAAAUGCGCACAUAUCGCCUGGUCAAAAGAUUGGCAUCUGUGGGAGAACCGGCAGUGGGAAGUCGUCUUUCUCGCUAGCAUUUUUUCGUAUGGUUGAUACUUUUCAAGGCCGAAUUGUCAUUGACGGGAUAGACAUUGCAAAACUACCAUUGCAAACCCUGAGAUCACGAUUAUCUAUAAUUCUUCAAGAUCCUAUAUUAUUCAGUGGCAGUAUUAGGUUUAAUUUGGACCCUGAAAAUAAGUGCACAGACAGCAUGUUAUGGGAAGCUUUGGAGAUUGCGCAGCUCAAGCAUGUUGUAAAGGCCUUACCGGGAGGUUUGGAUGCCUCUGUUACAGAAGGUGGGGAGAACUUCAGCGUCGGCCAGAGGCAGCUAUUCUGCUUAGCACGAGCAUUUGUGCGGAAAAGUAGCAUCUUAAUAAUGGAUGAAGCUACUGCAUCUAUAGAUAUGGCCACUGAAAAUAUAUUACAAAAGGUCGUCAUGACAGCGUUUGAUGACCGGACUGUGGUGACCAUAGCGCACCGAGUUCACACCAUACUGAAUGCUGAUAUGGUGAUAGUGAUGAAGAGAGGAGCCAUCAUGGAAUAUGACAAGCCAGAGGUUUUGCUGGAGAGAGAAGACAGCAUGUUUGCAUCCUAUGUGCAAGCUGAUAAAUAAUCACAAAUAGAAAUCUUUUAAAGUGCAAUUGAGCAAUCAUCUAGUUUUUUAAUCAUGUAAAUAUUGUGUAAAUAAAAAUCUUGAUUGUUUCAUAA